AGGGGGAGGAGGGGAGAGAAAGUGAGGAAAGUUCUCUUUGGGUGAAGGAGAAAAGACCUUCCGAGAUUAAGGGAUUCUUUUCCCGCUGGUCUCCCUUCUUCAUCCGUCCAUCCAGAAGAAAAACAGUACAGACAGGAGUCCUUUAUGCACGCGCGCUCUUAAUUGCCAGCUGGUGGAGUGCGCGUUGAGACGCACCGGCGCGAGGCAACAGUUCCUAGACUGUUAGCGCUCGCGUGCAGAGCCGAAGUUCCUCUGACCGCAGGUGUCGCGCGGACCGCAGAGGAGCCACGAGGGAAUUACUGGCCGCAGUAUCGAUAGCUUCAAAUAAAAUAUGAUGGAUCGAUGGAGCCCAGUGCGCGAGACACGGCUGCUGUUGCUGCUCUUCACGGUGUUUUACACCUCGUGGGCAGUUGAUCCUAUUGAUGUCCUGAAGGUCCUGGAGCUGUCGGAGGACAUGGAGGGUGUGUCGUUGGAGGCAGGACUGUGCACCAGCAGGGAGGGACGAGAGGAGACGGACCUCUCCUUUAAGAUCAACAAGAAGAUUCAACUGAGUGCACCCACCAAACAACUCUUCCCUGAUUCGCCAUUCCCUAUGAAUUUCUCAGUGAUGACAACAGUUCGAGCUGUGAAAGGCUCACAGGUCUUUCUCCUCUCCCUGUACGACUCGCAGGGCACACAGCAGCUGGGUGUGGAAGUCGGCCGUUCUCCUGUCUUCCUGUAUGAGAACCAUGAGGGUCAGCCACCUCCAGAACUUUACCCCACCUUUAGAAAGAUCAACCUGGCUGAUGGCAAGUGGCACAGAGUAGCUUACGGUGUGGAGGGCCAGGUAGUGACUCUCUACCUGGACUGUGUCAAGCUGGACACCCUGGACCUUCUCAGAGGUCAUGACCCCCACGUCAGCACUGAGGGCGUUACUGUGUUUGGGACACGACUGCUGGACGAAGACGUGUUUGAGGGAGACAUCCAGCAGCUGCUGAUCGUCGAUGACCCCAGAGCAGCAAAGACGUACUGUCAGGACUACAUCCCAGACUGUGACGCACCUUUACCCUACAACAGCAUAUUGACAGAGGCUGAGGAAGUGGAGAGAGCACCUAAGAAACAUGUGGUCGAGGAGUUUGAGGAGUUUGACUACAGUGACUUUUAUGAUGACAUCUCUGUUUCCACGGUGACUGCAGGUCCCAAUGUCACUGAGUAUGAGAUAGUAGAGUAUGAAGACUAUGACAACACAACAGGUUACUACCAUGUGAACGAGUAUGAAUAUGAAGAAGAAUACGAUGAGCGCUAUGGACCGGCCGAGAGAGAACGGGAGUACUCUCUUAAUGCACAGGAUAUACCAGAGAAAGGACAGAAAGGAGAGCCAAGCUAUUUGGGAGUGGGAACGCAGAUUACAGGACCACACGGGCCUCCAGGACCUGAGGGAGAGCCAGGGUCUCCUGGAAUCACAGGACCAGUAGGACCUCGAGGAGACCCCGGGGAACUGGGCCCUCCAGGGCGGCCGGGCCUUAACGGAGCUGAUGGGAUACCAGGUCCCCCAGGAAACAUCAUGCUCAUACCGUUCCAGUCAGGUGGUGAUCCAAAGACAGGUACUGGGGUUUCUGCGCAGGAGGCGCAGGCUCAGGCCAUCCUGCAGCAGACCAAGCUGGCUAUGAAGGGACCUCCAGGGCCGCUCGGCCUCAGGGGAAGGUCUGGACCACUGGGUGCACCAGGUCCCUCUGGGCUGAAGGGCACCAGUGGAGACAUGGGGCCACCGGGUCCUCCAGGACAGCCAGGUAUCCCUGGUCAGAAUGGACGACUCGGUAAAAGGGGUCGAGCGGGUACAGAUGGGGGCCGUGGUGCAAUAGGAGAGGCUGGAGCAAAGGGGGAUAGAGGGUUUGAUGGCUUGCCAGGUCUCCCUGGAAACAAAGGACAUAAAGGGGACAGGGGUAAGCCGGGCCCUGCAGGCCCUGUUGGAGAGCCAGGAGAAAAGGGCUCUGAGGGGCCACCUGGGCCAAGAGGACAACCAGGUGAUGCUGGUUCCAGAGGUCUGAAUGGCCCCAGAGGUCGUCCUGGUCCGCCAGGCCAGUCUGGCAUUCGAGGAAUUGACGGGGUUCAAGGUUCAAAGGGAAACAUAGGAUCCCCAGGAGACAUCGGAGCACCUGGACAGCAAGGCAACCCUGGAAUCCUGGGGUUUCCUGGUCCUCAGGGGUUAGUAGGGCUGCCAGGAGAGAAGGGGCCUCAAGGAAAGAAAGGGAUGCAGGGCUUACCUGGAAAUGACGGGCCCCCAGGUCACCCUGGAAGAGAAGGUACUCCAGGUGAAAAAGGACUGCCGGGUCCUCUAGGAGUGCAGGGGCCUGUUGGAUACCCUGGACAACGAGGAGUUAAGGGAGCAGAUGGAAUCAGAGGAUUAAAGGGAAGCAAAGGCGAAAAGGGAGAGGAUGGUUUCACAGGGGCCAAAGGGGAGAUGGGAGCAAAGGGGGAUGCUGGAGACAAUGGAGCUCCAGGUGGUCGAGGAGAAGAUGGGCCUGAGGGGCCCAAAGGCCAGAUGGGUCCUCAAGGAGAAGCUGGCCCUUCUGGUAUUUCUGGAGAGAAGGGGAAACUGGGAGUUCCUGGGCUGCCAGGAUAUCCAGGGCGGCAGGGGCCGAAGGGUUCUGAUGGAUUUCCUGGUGCACUGGGAGGCGCAGGAGAGAAAGGGAAGAAAGGUCCUGCAGGACAACCAGGAGGCGCAGGCCAGAGGGGUCCAAAUGGUGUACGAGGUGCCAGAGGGGCAAGAGGGCCUACAGGGAAAUCAGGAGAAAAGGGUUCCUCAGGACAUGAUGGGCCCCCAGGAGCUUCUGGAGAGAGGGGACCUCAAGGGCCACAAGGAAGGAAUGGAGAGCCAGGACCUAAAGGAUCAAGUGGUCCUGCUGGGAAGGACGGACUUCCAGGUCACCCAGGUCAAAGAGGAGAGCCGGGGUUCCAAGGGAAAACGGGACCUCCAGGACCCUCAGGUGUUGUGGGGCCACAGGGCAAAUCGGGUGAACCCGGUCCAACAGGGGACCGUGGUCACCCAGGGGCACCAGGUGUACCUGGAGAGCAUGGUUUACCUGGGGCUGCUGGGAAGGAAGGUGGAAAGGGUGAUCCAGGUUUACCUGGGACAGCUGGGAAGAGUGGUCCUACUGGACUGAAAGGGUUCAGGGGGAGCAGAGGAGCUCCUGGAAUUAUGGGACCUCCUGGUCUGAAAGGAGGAUCAGGACCUACUGGAUCCCCAGGAGCCAUAGGGUCGACAGGUGAGAGGGGCCCUCCAGGACCAGCUGGUGCAAUUGGACAGCCUGGUCGCGCCGGAUCAAUUGGAGGACCUGGACCAAUGGGAGAGAAGGGCGAGCCUGGAGAGAAGGGUCCAAUUGGACCAGCAGGUCAGGAUGGAGAUCAGGGACCUGUAGGGAUGCCUGGGGCUACAGGCCCUGCAGGACCUCCAGGAGACGACGGGGAUAAGGGAGAGCAGGGAGAACCCGGGCAGAAAGGCAGCAAAGGAGACAAAGGGGAAUCAGGCCCCCCAGGCCCCACUGGCACUCAAGGCGUAAUUGGUCAGCCAGGACUUCCGGGUGUAGAUGGACUGCUGGGUCCCCGGGGCCAGCAGGGCAUGUACGGUCCAAAAGGAGAUGAGGGACUCCGCGGCUUCAAGGGCUCUAAAGGACCAAUAGGAUUACAGGGCAUGCCCGGCCUACCAGGAGAGAAGGGUGAGAGUGGACAUGUGGGACUAAUGGGUCCACCUGGUCAACAAGGUCCCAAUGGUCCUCAAGGACCUGUUGGGGGACAGGGUCCGACUGGUCGACUCGGGAUGGUAGGACAGCCAGGUGUUGUUGGAGAGAAGGGGGAGGAUGGCGAGGCAGGUGACCCUGGUUCAGUUGGUGUUCCAGGAAGACUAGGAGGAAAAGGAGACCAGGGGGAGAAGGGAGAUACGGGCUCUUCAGGAGCAGCUGGUCCUCCAGGAGCCAGGGGCCCCACAGGGGAGGAUGGAGCCAAGGGCAAUGCUGGUCCUAUAGGUCUCACUGGAGACCUUGGACAGCAGGGAGAGGCUGGACCCAAUGGUGUGGAUGGUCUGCCCGGGUCUAAAGGAGACACAGGAGACCCUGGGAACUCUGGACCACCAGGAGCAGCAGGGGAACCUGGACCAUCUGGACCUCCUGGGCGAAGGGGCCACUUGGGAAAACCGGGGAAGGAAGGAAAGGCAGGCCUGAAAGGAGCGAAGGGUGCUCCCGGUUUGGAGGGUCCCAUAGGGAAGACCGGGCCCAUAGGUGCCCAGGGUCACCCUGGGAAGCCUGGGCCUCAAGGUUUACGAGGGAUCCCCGGCCCUGCAGGUGAGCAGGGUUUAAAUGGACCACCUGGCCAGACAGGACCCCCAGGUCCCAUGGGUCCACCAGGAUUACCAGGACUAAAGGGAGACCAUGGCAAGAAGGGAGACAAGGGUCAUGGUGGUCUAAUAGGUCUGAUAGGACCACCAGGAGACAUUGGAGAAAAGGGCGACAGAGGACUGCCAGGAAACCAGGGACUACCAGGUCCAAAAGGAGAUGAGGGUCCACUUGGUCCACCAGGUCCCCACGGUCCCCUUGGCCCCACGGGUCUGUCUGGUGCUAUUGGUCCAAAGGGCUCAAAAGGAAACCAGGGUCCAAUUGGUCCCAGAGGAGACACUGGACCUGCAGGACCUCCGGGACCACCAGGAUUGCCAGCAGCUGGGAUGUCCCCUCUGUCAGAGCGAGGACGGAGAAGGAGAACCCACACCUUGGUGGAUGGUGCUAUACUUGAAGAGGAGGAGGAGGACGAAGAGGCGAUAGAUGGAAGAGAGGAGGAAUGGAUGCAGGGGGACCAGGCGGAGCAGGACGGUUGGAUGAAGGAGGAGGGCAAGGGCAUGGAGGAAGUGUUUGCGUCUCUGUCCUCUAUGAAAGUAGAGGUGGAGGGUCUGCGUAACCCACGAGGGACGUACCACAGCCCCGCCCGCACCUGCAAGGAGCUCUGGCUUCUCCACCCAGAGCUCCCCAAUGGUGAGUACUGGAUAGAUCCAAACCAGGGUUGCCAUAGAGACUCCUUCAAGGUGUUUUGUAACUUCACUGCACAGGGAGAAACAUGUCUGUACCCUGACAAGAAGUUCCAGUCGGUGAAGUUAGCAGCCUGGAAAGGGGAAAAGCCUGGCACCUGGUACAGUAAAUUCAGGAAAGGAAAACAGUUUUCCUACUCCGGGUCGGACGGUGUUCCGGUCCACGUGGUCCAGUUGACCUUCUUGCAGCUGCUGAGCGCAACAGCCAAGCAGACCUUCACCUACCACUGCCUCAACUCUGCCGCCUGGCUGCAUGCCACCACCUACAGCCUCGAGCACACACUGCGCUUCAGAGGCAGCAACGGGGAGGAGCUGACACAUGAGAACACACAUUACAUCAGUGCACUGUACGACGGGUGUCAGACACGCUCGGGUCAAGAGAGGACAGUGUUGGAAUUUGAUGCUCCGCUGUCCACCACGCUCCCCAUCAUCGACGUGUCUGUGCCAGAUUUUGGGAAGGGGAACCAGAAAUUUGGUUUCCAAGUUGGCCCGGUCUGCUACAACGGUUAACCAAGCCGGGGGGGAGAUUACAACAGGAGUAAUUUAAUAGGAAAAAGAGCCAUGGACACUUUUUACAUGCAGGGAGAAAACUACAUUCAAGACUUACCUGGUGCCACAUAUUUAUGAGUUGAUUUACCUACAGUGUUCCUUCAUCUAAACAUUCAUUCUUUUAUACAGAAAUUCACUCAGACUCUCCUUAAUUCACACAGUCUCAUAUAUUCUCACAGCUGUCUCACAUAUUGUGUUUUCAAGAGCAUAAAUUUAUUGACUGUCAACCAUUUCCUCAGUUAAACACAUUUUUUCAUUCCUCUUUGAAGGAGUGAGUGGUGCUCUCACAGUUUCAUCCAUGUCUGUUCAUACAUUUAUUGAUCUAUGCACUCCCAUCUAUGCUUAAUUAUAAGUCUCCAAACAUAACUAUCAGUGAAUCAUCUUCAAAAAUACAAAAACACCAUAUUUCAAGCAACAUUCACCCACCAUGUUCUGUGUUAUCAUCAAACCUCAAUUUGUUGUAGUUUUUAUUUGUUUGUUGUUGUCAUUUUGUUAUAAUUAUCUGUUAUGUGAUGUAUAUUGGAGUGUAAUUCAUCACGGUGCUAUUAUGUGGCUCCUUACGGAGUACAUUUCUUUGUAAAAGGGAACUGGGGCAGUGCAUUUUUUUAUAUUGUGAAGCCGUGUUUUAUAUUUUUUCAACAUAACAAACAAAACUGUGGUACAUGAUUGCCUCAAGGUCUUUCUAUGCAUAGUUGUGUGGGGAAGUGACUGAGUAACAUAUUUUAAUAAAAGUACAUAAUGUACAUUUAAGUUAA